CGAGAGCGAGAAGGUAGUGUGGCUUCAUCGAAGCUGAUCACUGGGGGCACGCGAUACCCACGAGCAAAGGUUCGCUGCAGCACGUCCACCACCGGCCGAAUCUUCCACGCGCAAUCGAUGCUUGCCCUUGGCGACUUGUUGUUCGAGAAGUGGAGGUAA